GUUUGAUUGCUUUUUCUUUUUUCUUCUGGUGUAAAUUUGUUAUCUUUAGUGGGUUAUGAGGGAAUCUGGACAAAACUAGCUAAUAUUUAUCAUUAGUUUUCUAGAUUUUUCUCAAAGUUAUCACAUUGAUUAACUUCUUGGAAGAAACUAAAAAUGGUGAGAGGAAAGAUCCAGAUCAAGAAGAUCGAGAACAAGACAAGUAGACAAGUCACGUUUUCUAAGCGAAGGAGUGGUCUCUUUAAGAAGGCUCAUGAGCUUUCUGUUCUAUGUGAUGCUCAAGUCGCAGCUAUGAUCUUCUCUCAGAAAGGAAGACUAUAUGAAUUCGCCAACUCCGAUAUCAAGAAGACAAUCAAGCGAUACGCUGAGUAUAAGGGAGCGUACUUUGUUGCGGACAGUAAACCUAUAGAGCAAUACGUGCAGGGAAUAAAGAAGGAAAUGGAGACAAUGGUAAAAAAAAUUGAAGUUCUUCAAGCUCAUAACCGGAAGCUGAUGGGGCAAAGUUUGUCUUUUUGUUCGGUGAAAGAACUUCAGGAGAUAGCCACAAAGUUAGAGAAAAGCCUACAUAUUGUUAGAUCAAGAAAAGCCAAGUUAUAUGAAGAUGAGGUAGAGAAACUAAAAGCCAAGGAGAUGGAGCUCAAGGACGAGAGAGUCAGGCUUUGUGCAAGGAUUGGAGAAAGACCAAUGGGGAUGCCAACAGGAAGCAAAGAGAAAGAGGAUGUGGAAACUGACCUAUUUAUCGGAUUUCCGAAGAACCGACCAUAAUAUCUUUCUUUUUUGUUAAACCUGAUUUAUAUAGAUACUUAUCA